AUGCAGCCUUCGCAGGAGAACCAAAGCAACCAGCCUGAUCGGCCAGGUACUCCGCCGCGCCCGCCUUACUCGCCCGUGACUCCCGUCUUUGCCCAUCUUGUGCCUGUCACGAACGCCGCCGCGGGGAACGGCGCUCCUCACCCUAUUGUUCCUCCUGCUGCGUCGCCUUCGCCAACAACAAGAGUGCCCCCGUAUGGUUCAUCAGCGGACUUUACCCCGCCGGCUGCAGCCCCCGUGUUCGCGCCCGAGCCGGCCGCCGUCCCGAUCUCGGAGAGCGAGAACCCAGAUGCCAUUGCUCUGCGAUCCGCGAUCUCUAUCCUUCAGCUCCAGAAGCAGCAAAGCAUGCGGGAUAUUCAGACUCUAGAAAAGUUCAAGAAGGCCGCAGCUGAGGAUCCAGAAGGGUUCGCCCGCGAACUGGCAGCGGGAAAUCUGUCGGCGAAGGAUACAGGGGCUUUCAUCAACUUCACUCAUGACAAAGACUCGGAGGACGAGGAGGUAGAGAGUCCGAAGAGAGGCGUUUACUCUGGGCUAGGGACCCUGCCCACGCCGCAGAAUGUUGUCCGCAUGCCUCCCAUCAACUGGAACAAGUACCAGAUCGUGGGCGAACCGUUGGAUAAGAUGCACGAGGAGCAGCGGAGGCGGCCGUCGUCCGGUGAACCCAGACGCGACGAUAGUUCUCAAAGAGCGCCGGAGCAUGUUCUGGCUUCGCCGUAUCGGCCUCUAGUAGACAAACUAGAGAGUCCGGGAAAGGCUAAAGGCACCAACAGAAACAAGAAAACUUGA